UCUGUCUGCACUAUUCAAUCGUUAAGGUGGAGCGCUGCACUGUGAUCUGCAGAGCCUAUCAAUAGAAAUAGUGCAGCAGGUAUUAUCUGACACUACAUCCUUAAGAAAUUGAGAACGACUUCAGUAUGGACUUGUUUAUGGAAAAUAACACUGAUAGAUCAAAGUUAUAUGACCAGUCAAUGCUGUAUCUGUGUUGAUAAAUGUUUGUCUGUUCUUCGCUCCAGGCGGAUGGAUAUAAGGGCGCAGUUCGUCCGUGUGUCCGUCUUUGAGUGACGGGUUUCUUAAACCCUUAAUCAUUAAUAGAUUUGUUUGAUUAAAAAAAUAACAAACUGCGCCUAAAAUACUUUGAAGUGGCCAAUUUACCUGGAUUUUUAGUAUGAUGUGUAUAUGAUUUUUAUUCGGAACCGCGAGGUGCUAAAGUAUGAUCAGAAGAUGAAGGGAGAAUAUUGCUCUACGCAUCAACGAUUUCUUUGAUUUCGCGUCUUAUUGAAAUUUAUUUACCCACCCCAGUUUAUUAGUAAUUCACAUUGAAAAUGAGAAGAUUUGCGAUAAAUCAAGUUGCUCAGAAUUUAAUUUAAGGUGAAUAUUGCAGUAUCGCACGUUGUAAUGAAAUCUUACAAAUUGGAUUUAGCCACUUAAUUACUAUGUCCAAACUUAAGGACGUUCGUAGACCCACUCUAGCUGUAAUUGAGGAAAAUUCGCUUCCGGAACAUUUUGAUAUAGUGGGCUCAGGAACCGAAAUUAACAAGAAACUUCUGGAUGAAAAUGACAAUGUGUGUUCACAUAUGAAUUUACUUAAAGAAAAGACAGCCAAACUGAACUUAAGCACACGCAGACCGAGUUACGUAACAUGGAGAAACGAAUGUAUAGAGCAAUCCGGUCGAGGGAUUAAGGCGAAAUUACCCAAUGUCAGGGGAGACGACUCUGUGAAUGGAAAUGAAUUAACUCUUGAUAAACGAAUAGACAAUAUUGACUGUGCUUUAGUCUGGAUUAAACAGGAACUUCAAGCAAUGCGCACUCAGGACCAAGAUAUAGCCCGGAAGUUACUGUCAUUACGUCACGAGAUGAACGCCCUUAAACUUCAGUGGAGUUGUGACGACCACAAGGAGAUGUUAGAAGAGGCUCAGUGUGACCUUGAGGAGAUGCACGAGCUUCAGGACAUCUGUGACACGCCCCUGGACAGUAUACAGCCCGACCCCCUCAAACAAAUAGGCGUAACCAAAAUGAACCUCAAUACUAGGAGAUUUUCCAUUCUAUGAUUGUGUUCUAUGUUCUGUGUUACUGCUUUCUUUCUGUAUAGAAAAUAUGAAUAUAACACUGUUAUUUUCUACUCUAUUGAUAUGGCAUGCAAAACAAUUGAUCGUCUCAUUAAAUACUUUAUUGCAGUAGAAAUAACUUAUGUUUACAUUGGCAAUUUUGAGUCAUCGCAGAGAAAAGUUAUACCCUCUGGAUUUUUUUUAAGAGUCAGAGGAAGUAAAAUGUUCGACAAAAAUUGAAAGGUAUAAUAUUAAUCGCUACCAAGAAAACCUGUUAUAUAAAAUGUUUGACAUAAUACGAAGUUAGUGCAUGGUAUGUUCAAACAUUAAAAUUGUUGAAAUAUAAAUAACUUUGACAAGCUUGUGUCAGCUUAUUUUGAUACAUCUCUGAUCUUUUUCUAUUUAUCAUGCACAUUCUUGAACGUCUCUAUGUAUCAACAAAUUUGGAAAAAAUAAUAAAAUCAUUAUUCUCCUCAAA